UCCAGCACUUUUGACUAGUCACGAUAAAAUAUGGAGUACGAACUCGAAAAAAUUCCUUAAAAAAAUCUAAAAAAAUAUAUUUUUUUGGUUUUUGGUAUAAAAAAUUAUAAAUAUUUCACUUUUUUUUUCUUCCCUGCAUCUGAUUCGCACGUAACAUCUCUCCUUCCCAACUUCACCACUUUUUUCUCUCUUUCAAGAUCCAUUUCUUCAUAAAGAAAAAAAAAGAGAGAAAGUCAAUUCAUGUUUGAUUUGAUUCUCUAGUUCUUUGCACUUUAAAAGCAUUUCUCUGUGUGAGAGAAAAAAACCAACAGAUUGCUUUUUUUGUUCUUUCUUCAAUUUCUCUAAAACCCCUCCAAACCUUCUACUCUUGAGCUUAAAUCAACAUUUCCUAUCUGGGUUUUCUUUUUUGUCCUCUCCCCUUUUAGCAUUCACAAAUAUUUUAAUUUUCAAAAACCCGAAAAGAAAUAUAGAAAAAAAACAGAGGAAAUGGAGUUUGUGGGCAAAUCCGUGAAUAAAAAGUUCAAAGGAUUUGGUUGUUUCUCGGGAACUGUUAAUUCCUUUAAUUCUUCGUCUGGGUUUUUCGAGAUCGUUUACAACGACGGCGAUUCCGAGGAACUCAACUUCGACCAAGUUGCUUCUCUUGUCAUGGCUGAUGAUUCUAACCCAACCCACGAGCCCAGGCCCGACCCGGGGUUAGCUGUUGUCCGUGAGAAGCGGAGGGUUGGAAGGCCCAGGAAACGACGCCGUGUUGAGAGGAAAAUUCUUGUUUGUCCAGGUAAUGUAGACAAGGAAACCCUAGAGAGUAAUACGAAUGGGAAUUUGAUUAGAAAUGUUGAUUUGAAUGAACAGUUUGGUGGGAAUUUGAAGGAAAAUGAGGGUUUUGAUGGUAAUUGGAAUGAAAUCGUAGAUGAGAAGGGAAUUGGGUCUCGAAGGGAUUUGAAUUUGAAUUUCAAUAAUAAUGGGGAUAUUGAAAUGAAAAAUGGGAUUGAUUUGAAUUCUUCUGGGUUUGAUUUAAAUCUGAAUGAUACUUGUUAUGGUUAUAAUUAUUUAAACGAUAAUGGUAAUUGUUAUGGUGGGGGAGAGAGUGUGAAGAAGAUAGGGUGUAUUGAUUUGAAUUUGGACGCAAAUUGGGAUUUGGAUGACAAUAUUAAUGCUAAUUGCGAAACCCAAAGGAGGGAAUGUGGUUUUGAUUUGAAUUUAGGGGCUGAUGAGGAGAUUAGCAAGGAUGGUAUUAAUGCUAACUGUGGAGGGCAUGUGCAAGUGAGAGAAUCUACCCCUUGUGCUGAGAUAGUUCAAGAAACACAGAAAAUGGAGCAAAAUGAUGUGGAAGAGGAUGUUUCUAGCAAGGAUUUGAAGGAAGAUCGAUCAAGCUUAGGAUCUAUUGAAGGAUUCCUUGAGAAUGGUGGUGUUAUGGAUACAGAUGUUAUCAAGACUGCAGUAAUUAAUGGGCACCAAGCCGAUAUCGGAAGUUCAUACAAACAAGCUAGUGGGCGGAGAAAGAGAAGAAAAGUUUCAAAUGACUUGGAUUCUUCAAGAGAAAGGGUGUUGAGAAGAAGUGCUCGGAGAGGGUCAGCUAAAAAUCAUGCAUCAAGCACACCACCACCCACAAAGUGUGCAGUUGGCAAUUUGUCAACAUCUCCUUCAGUUAUUGCAGUUACAGGCAGAAAGCCGGUUACGUCAAGUCGUAAAGUGUUUGAAGAGCCUAUUAUUCUUCCUCCAAAGCUGCAAUUACCACCAUCUUCCCAGAACUUGAACUUGGACGGGAUUGCUCUACUCGAUAUUUUUUCUAUUUAUGCUUGUUUGAGGUCAUUUAGUACUUUAUUAUUUUUGAGUCCCUUUGAGUUGGAGGAUUUUGUGGCUGCACUGAAGUGCCAGUCUCCCAGCUCAUUAUUUGAUUGUAUUCAUGUUUCCAUUUUGCAAACUCUGAAAAAGCAUUUGGAAUACCUUUCUAAUGAAGGUUCUGAAUCUGCUUCUGAAUGUUUGAGGAGCCUUAAUUGGGGUUUCUUGGACUCCAUUACAUGGCCAAUUUUCAUGGUCGAGUAUCUAUUCAUUCAUGGUUCAGGAUUGAAUUGUGGUUUUUAUCUUAGUGGUUUGAAACUAUUCAGAAUUGACUAUUAUAAACAACCUGCAUAUGUUAAGGUUGAGAUACUUAAGUGUUUGUGUGAUGAUAUGAUUGAGGUUGAAGCCAUAAGAUCUGAACUUAAUAAAAGGUCAUUGGCAUCUGAGACUGACAUGGAUUUUGAUCGAAAUAUGAACAUUGAGGUUUACAAGAAAAGAAAAGCUGCUAUGGAUGUGUUAGGUGGAUCUGGCAUAAGUGAGGAGACAGUUGAUGACACUACAGACUGGAAUAGUGAUGAUUGCUGCCUUUGCAAGAUGGAUGGAAGUUUAAUAUGCUGUGAUGGCUGUCCUGCUGCUUACCAUUCAAAGUGUGUAGGUAUUGUCAAUGCUCUUUUGCCAGAAGGUGACUGGUACUGCCCUGAGUGUGCAAUUGAAAGACAUAAGCCAUGGGUGAAACUUCGUAAAUCACCUAGAGGAGCAGAGCUUUUGGGCGUUGAUCCUCAUGGUCGGUUAUAUUAUAACAGCUGUGGUUAUUUGUUAGUGUUAGAUUCAUGUGAUGCUGAGUACUCAUUGAAUUACUACCGCAGAGAUGACCUUAAUCUUGUACUUGAUGUGCUAAAAUCUUCAGAUAUUUUGUAUAGUGACUUAAUAAAAGCAAUUUGCAAGCAGUGGGAUGUUGCUGUUGGCUCAAAUGGUGCUAGUAGUAACUUGUACUCUCUGAAUUCUGUUUGUUCAAAGACACUUACCAAGGGGCAAAUUCCAACUGUUAACACAUCGCUGCCACAUGUGGCUUCUAUAGAAGUAUGUGCGAUAAAAAUUGAGACUGUUGAUGAUGGAAAACCAGAAGAGAAGGAAGUUGCUGAAAAUUCUGGUCAUCUUGAUAUUGAGGUUACAGAGUCUGUUAACUUGUUGGAUUUGUUCGCUGGAACAGAAAUCCCAUAUAUAAGUUCUGAAGUCCCGGCUGAAACAAUACAAUUGGGUUCUGUCAUUCAUAACUUUCAGAAACAAGGUUCUGUUGAGUUCUCGAAUCAAUCUGAGAUUCCAGGAAAAUCCUCAACUCUUGAAGACCGUUCUUUAAUAUCUAAUGGUUUAGAUACUAAACAAGAAAGCAAGACAAAGUUAGAUCAAACUCCAUUUGCAGUAAAUGCAAAAAGAGGUGAUGCAUCAGAAACACAGCCUGGGACUGGCUACUUGAACCACUACAGUUUUGCCCAAACUGCCUCAUUAGUUGGAGAGUUAAUGCAUAAGCCAUCAGAAAAAACAAAUGAAGACUCCCUAAACUCUGUUGAGGAGAUAAUUGCAAUGCAGAUGAACGUUAUUUUGAAAAAAUCCGACAGGUUUCAUUGGCCAGAUAUUCAUAAUCUAUAUGUAGAUGCACACAAAGAAAGUUGUGGGUGGUGCUUCUCCUGUAGAUAUCCUACAAAUGAUACAGAUUGCUUGUUUAAAAUUACUUUGGGUUGUGUUCAGGAAGUUUCAAAAGGUGAGAUGGUUGACCUUGAGUCAAAGUGGAACAGAGAGGGCCAUGUUAUUCAUGUCAUAUGCCAUAUACUUUUCAUUGAAAGUCGUUUGCGUGGGCUUCUGUUGGGUCCAUGGCUGAAUCAACAAUACAUCAAUAUCUGGCGUAAAAGCAUUCUUAAGGCAUGUGAUAUUGCAUCUGUUAGACAUUUAUUGCUAAUGUUAGAGGCAAAUCUGCAUCGCCUUGCACUCUCAUCAGACUGGAUGAAACCUGUUGAUUCUGCUGUCACCAUGGGUUCAGCUUCUCAUAUUGUGACUGCUUCAAGUCGUGGAUCUGCCAAGCAUGGGAUUGCAAGAAAAAGGGGCAUGUGCAAUGAUGGUGAGGGUAACACUACUUCUAAUCCUGUUGUUGGACCAAGUAUUUGUUGGUGGAGGGGUGGUAAGGUUUCUCGUCAGUUGUUCAACUGGAAGGUUUUACCCCGCUCUUUGGUUUCUAAGGCUGCUAGGCAAGCAGGAGGCCAAAAGCUACCAGGCAUACUUUAUCCUGAGAGUCCUGAUUUUGCAAAGAGAAGCAAAUCUGUUGCAUGGCGAGCUGCUGUUGAGUCAUCAACUAGUAUAGAACAACUUGCUUUCCAGGUAAGAGAACUUGAUUCGAACAUUAGGUGGGAUGACAUUGAAAACACUCAUGCUCUCCCUACAUUAGAUAAGGAUUUUAAGAAAUCAAUCAGACUGUUCAAGAAAUGUGUUGUGCGCCGAAAAUCCAUAGAGGGAGAUGAGGUGAAGUAUCUUCUUGAUUUUGGGAAGAGGAGAAUCAUUCCUGACAUUGUCAUGAGAUAUGGCUCUGUGGUUGAAGAAUCUUCAAGUGAAAGAAAGAAAUAUUGGUUGAAUGAAUCUUGUGUGCCUUUGCAUCUCUUGAAAAGUUUUGAAGAGAAGAGAAUUGCCCGUAAGUCUAAUAAGAUGAUUUCUGGAAAAGCUUCUGAGAUCAGUAGGGUGGCAAAGAAGUCAUCAAAUAAUAGGGGGUUCUCCUAUCUCUUCUCUAAAGCUGAAAGGUCCAAGUAUUAUCAGUGUGGGCACUGUAAAAAAGAUGUCCUCAUCAGGGAAGCCGUUUGCUGUCAGUAUUGUAAGGGAUUUUUUCAUAAGAGGCAUGUUAGAAAAUCUGCUGGAGCAAUCAUUGCUGAGUGCACGUAUACAUGCCAUCGAUGCCAAGAUUGCAAAUUUAAUUUUAAUUCAAAAAGAGGGGGAAAUGACACAAAACGAGGUAAAGGUGUCACAAAGGGGGGGAAGACCAACAUAAAAUGUGCAAAAAAACUUCCACAAAAAGGUAAAAAGGCCUCCACAAGUUGCAAGUCAGUGCGGUCAAAAGACAAUAAAAAGUCACUGGCAGUACGAAUAUCACUGCGGUCACAGAAGGAUAAAAAGGUUGCUGCUGCUGUGCCACUGCGUCGUUCACCCAGGAAAAUAAAAUAUAUUUCUGUCCAAAAGAAAAAGCCUGGCGGGUGCAAGAAAGGCAAACAGAAAUCAAAGAAAGCACCUAAGAAAACAAAGAAAAGUACUUCUUGGCAGAAGAAGAGAACAAGGGCUUAUCAUAGUUACUGGCUUAAUGGUCUUCGGUUGUCUAGUAAGCCAGACGAUGAACGGGUGAUGCAAUUUCAAAGAAAAAAGCUUUUUCCCCUUUCUGAACAUAUGACUGUCUCCCCCAAUCAACCGAAAUGUCAUCUUUGCUGUGAAGCUGGAUAUGCAUCAAAUUCAAACUAUGUUGCAUGUGAAAUUUGUGAAGAAUGGUUUCAUGGAGAUGCUUAUGGACUUAAUUCAGAGAACAAAAGCAAGAUUAUUGGAUUUAGGUGUCAUGUCUGCCGUAAGAAGAGCCCUCCUGUCUGUCCUAAUAUGGUGGCUACAAGAAUUGAUGAAUCUCAAUUGGCUGAGAUGCAAAAUAGUGUUAGGACUGAAUCUUCUGAGGAAGUAAAUGGCGCCUUCCUUUCUCCAUGUCAUGUAAAUUCAAAAACUGAGUCUCCUUCAAGUGAAACUCAUCAAGGUUCAUUGGCUAAUGACGAGUGCUUGCAUAAGGAGCAAUUAGGUACCAGUUUGAAUACUACUCGGGCUCCCAUCUUGGGAUAUAAAUUGGAAUCAAAUGGGACUACCAUAUUUGAAGAGAAUCUGAUUAUAGAUGCGCGACAAAUUUCUAACAAUGAACUGAAACUGAACAGACUAACAUCUGAAGAGAAAGUUAUGUUGGAAAAUAGUAGAACCAAUUCAGGACAUGAUGCUCCUGCAACUGUAGCUGAGGAGGCAGAGUGCUCUUCCCAUGAUGUUCUGAUGGUUUAAUUUGAAACUAAAUUGGCUUCCUUGGGUCGUAACAGAGCCCAGGAUGAUCUGGUGAACACAACGAACAUUCCAAAUUCAGUAGCAGUUGGAGCCUCGGCUGAGUUUCAACCAGAGAUGAUGGAGCAAAAACAACUUAGGUUAGAUUUACAGUUUAACAUUUAAUUGGUGCAAGUAGACUGGGAUUAGUGUAGGGGCUAGAUUUGUUUGUAGGACUAGAAUUACAUGUAAAUUUUCUGUUGUUGAAAUCAUGGAAGAUUUUUAAACAGUACAUGGGAAUGAUUCAUUUCCAACAGAAAAAUAAAAUGCUUAUUUGUGCCUAUGAAUCAUAAUGCGCUGAUCCAUAUGAAGAUUUCUUCACUUAUUGCAUUGGAUUUAAAGUUGAAAAAAGCGACAGGAGGCAUGUCUGAUAGAGGCUAUGAGAGCUCCUGGCCAGCUUUUCUGGCAAUUUACAACCCCACAGUAUGCAAGUUGAUGGGUUAUCUAGAGGCCGGUCUUGAUAACUUUACUUUUAUUCCUCCAGAACCGGUUGGUUGCCAGGUUGCCCUGCCCUUAAAAUGCAGGUGCCAUUGCCAAGGCGGAUAAAGUUUACCAUGAUGAAGCUGCAGCGACUUCAUUGCAACCUUGAUCUUAGGUGGGCAGAGAAGUUCAUGCUUUGGGCUGUUAAUUCAAGAGAAGGAAGCUGAGACAGUGAAUGAAAGUUCAACAAAAGCCAGAGUUACCGUUAUUGUUAUAUUAUUUCUGAGGGUAGCACAAAUUUUACAUUGUUUUCCGUUUUAUUUUAUUCUUAACUUAAACAUUGUUUAAAGGUGUUACUAAAUUUGAAGCUCCAUUGUCUCCAGCUCAAUGUUAAUAUCCUUUCCAUUGGUUUGGAGGAAGAUACUGUAUACAUAUAAUCCCUAAUUCAAU